AUGGCAUCCAACGACCCUCGGCUCGAUGACUCGUCGGACGAGGAGGACUUCAACCCUGCUCCCGCUGACCUCUCUGAUGAGGAGCCAGAGAAACGUCGCAAAACCCCCGUUCGCGAUGACGAUGAAGAUGAAGAUGACAACACGUCGCCGGCGCGCCCGAAACCCGUAGAUGAUGAUGAGGAAGAGGAGGAGGAUGAAGACGAUGGUCCCAAGGGCAAGAACGACGAUGACGAUGAAGAAGAGGAGGAAGACGAGGAUGAUGAAGACGACGUGCAAAGGGGUCAUCGCAGAAAGCGCCGUCGCGACCGCCGUAACGCUUUCCUCGAUAUCGAAGCUGAAGUAGAUGACGAAGAUGAGGCUGAGGACGACGAAAAGGAGGAUGAAGAAAUUGGCGACUUCAUCGACAAUGAGCAUCCCGACGACCUUGCCGAUACCGCCCGCCUCAACGAUGAUCGUCGCCACCGAGAGCUCGAUCGCCGUCGCGACAUGGAGUCGAGCUUGGACGCCGAAAAGCAAGCCGAGCUCUACCGACAGCGCUAUGCCAAGUACCGCUCUGGAAAGGGCGCUGGCGAAUCCGCUGUUGUUCCCAAGCGCCUGCUUCUCCCCAGCGUUGAUGAUCCCGGUAUUUGGGCAGUGCGAUGCAAGGAAGGCAAGGAGCGCGAGGUUGUCUUUUCCAUCAUGAAGCGCAUCGAGGAGCGCAUGGGUAGCAAGGGCGAACUCGCCAUUACGGCUGCCUUUGAACGCGGUGGCACACACUCUGUCAUGAAGGGCAUUGUCUACAUCGAGGCCCAACGCCAGACUGAUAUUCUCGUCGCUCUCGACGGUGUCCUGAACGUUUACCCGCGAACCAAGAUGACGCUCGUCGACAUCAAGGACAUGCCUGAGCUUCUGCGCGUAACGAAGACGGCCACUCUGCAGCCCGGCGCGUGGUGCCGAAUGCGCCGCCCCAUCAAGCACAAUGGCGAUCUUGCCCAGGUCCUGGCUGUGACAGAAAAUGGCCUAGAAGCUCGAGUCCGUUUCAUCCCACGACUUGAUUACGGCGUGCGCGAUGACAAUAUGACGCAAGACGGAAAGAGAAAGCGAGCAUUCGGAGCUGGCCCUAAGCCCCCGCAACGCCUCUUCAGCGAAGUUGAGGCCCGCAAGCGCCACCCUCGCUAUAUUCAGGGUAAUCCGACGACAAACACAUGGACCUACAUGGGUGACGAGUUUGAGAACGGAUUCCAGGUCAAGGACGUCAAGAUUCAGCAACUGAUUCUUACCGACGUGAAUCCUACACUCGAAGAAGUGACGCGGUUUGCCUCUGGCGCUGAAGACGGUACGGAGAACCUCGACUUGAAGGCGCUCGCGGCCAGUCUCAAAGACAGCAACACGAAGGUUACGUACCUGCCUGGCGAUGUCAUUGAAGUCUACUCGGGCGAACAGAAAGGCGUUGUCGGCAAGGCAACCAAUGUGCAGGGUGAUAUUGUCACCAUGACUGUAACUGAAGGUGACCUGGCGGGCCAAACGAUCGAGGUUCCAAUCAAGGGCUUGCGCAAGCGCUUCAAGGUUGGUGACCACGUCAAGGUGAUUGGUGGUAGCAGAUUCCAGGACGAAGUCGGAACUGUGGUCAAAAUUUCCGAGGACAAAGUGACUCUAUUGACGGAUCAAACCAACAACGAAGUGACUGUCUUCAGCAAGGAUCUUCGUGAGGCAAGUGACAUUGGUGGACAGGGCUCCCUGGGCCAAUACGAACUGCAUGAUCUUGUUCAGCUGGACAUGACCACUGUGGGUUGCGUUGUCAAGGUGGAUCGCGAUUCCAUGGUCGUGCUGGACCAGUUUGGUGACACGCGACAGGUCAUGCCCUCGCAGAUCUCCAACAAGAUUCCCAAGAGAAAGCAGGCCGUUGCUGCUGACCGUGAAGGAUCCGAGAUUCGGCUCGACGAUGUUGUCAAGGAGUACACGGGACAGCAGAGACAAGGAAAGAUUAUUCACAUUCACCGUUCAUACGUCUUUUUGCACACCAACGACACGAAUGAGAAUGCGGGUGUCUUUGUGACCAAGUCUAGCUUGGUCAACACUGUGGCCGCCAAGGGGGGUCGUGUCAACGCUGCCACCUCAGGCCCUGAUCUAAGCUCCAUGAACCCUGCGCUCAAGAUUCACAAGAACGGGUCCGAAAACAAGCCCAUCACCCCUGUCAAGAUGUUUGGUCGCGACAAGGCUAUCAACCAGACUGUUAUCAUCAAGAAGGGUGCCUACAAGGGACUGCUGGGUAUUGUCAAGGACUCCACAGACACGCAUUGCCGUGUUGAGCUGCACACCAAGAGCAAGAUUAUUACGGUGCCGCGAGACUCGCUCAACUUCAAGGACAAGACGAGCGGCGCCUCCAUCGACAUCAAUGGCAGAGGCCGCGGCGCACCGGGAGGCGGUCGUGGCGAUAGAAUGCCGAGCUGGCAAGGAGGCUCUCGCACACCAGCUCCUGGCGGUGUCAGCGACCGCGUUCCUGCGUGGGGUUCGCGCACACCAAUGGCGACGGGUGGCCGGACACCUGCCUGGAAGGGCCAGGACUACUCUGGCUCACGCACGCCUGCGUGGGCUGAUGGGUCCAGAACAGUCAACCCCUACGAUGGCAGCCGCACGGCCUAUGGCUCUGGCUCUCGCACGCCCGCCUGGCAGUCUGGCGCCAGAACACCGGCUCCGGGUGACGCUUUCGGUGCCGGUUCGCGGACUCCUGCCUACACUGGCGGCGACAGCUGGAACUCGGGCUCCAAGACGCCUGCAUGGGGCACAUCGGCUCCCACACCCGGCGCGAGUGGCAACGACUCGUGGGGCUACACGCCCGGAGCCAGCGCUGGUGCCUAUGACGCGCCUACGCCUGGCGGCCCUCUCGGUGCUCCCACCCCAGGGGCCUUUGCAGCCCCGACGCCGGGUGCCUAUUCGGCGCCAACGCCGGCAGCGAGUGCUCCCACGCCCGGCGCGGGAUGGCAGGGCGGCUGGGGCGCCGACUCUGCGCCUACGCCGGCGGCAGGGGCUCCAACGCCUGCAGCGAGUGGCUACUACGGUGCUCCCACGCCGGCGGCGCCUCCCGAGACGCCUGGCGCCAGUGGUCCACGCUAUGUGGAGGACGAUGAUUGA